GCAACGGCAGCACCGGGCACCGGCAGCGGCAGCAGCAUGGGUCGCCGGGGCUGCUGAGCGACCGAGCCCGCCCCUGCCCGCCCUCGCCGAGGAGCCGCGCGGAGCGGCGGGCGCCGCCAAGGACCGCACCGGGAGCCGGUGCCGGGGAUACCUCCUCCAUACACACACUCCGUCGCGCCGAGGAUGCUCCGGGGGCCCGCAGGCCCCCCCCCGCCGCUCGCCAUGAGGAGAAGCCCGGCCGGGCCGCGGGCGCUGCCGCAGCUGGCAGCAGCCGCCUGAGCCCCGCGCCUUGACGGUGCCCGCGCAGGGGCCGCCCGAACGGUCCGCCGUGACCCUUCCCCCCGCCCCUUGCCCUGCCCGCCCGGCUAUAAAGGAGGGUUUAUGCUCGGGCUCCGGUCUCACGCCAAACCCUGUCACACCGUCUAGACAAGCUGUCGUGGGGCUCGGCCCAGCUGUCACCAUGGCGAUGGAGACGAGUCCGCUGUGAAUUUUGGGGGGGAGCGAGCGAGAGCGGCGGCAGCGGAGGAGGAGGAGGAAGGCUCGGCCGCCGCCGUGCCCUGCCCUGCCCCGCGGAGGAGGCACGGACCCCCCGGCGCUCUCGGCCGCGGCUGGAGCCGGCCCGGCGGGGAGCCCCGGGGAGCCAGCGGCCGCGGAGCGAGCCUCAGAUGCGUCUGUCACACAACCCCGGCAGAGCUAUUUAAAGUAACGGGCCUCGCCGGACUUUUGUCUCUGCCUAUUUAUGAGUCCCCCAGAGUUGGCAGGCACCGCCGGGCAGCGCUAGGAGCCGAGCCCGCGGGGACGCCAGCGGGGGCCCGCCCGGAGCAUGACGGCGAUCCGGGCGCUGCUGCUCUGCUCCUGCCUGGGGCUGCUGCGCCCGGUGGGCGGGCAGCCCUUCCUGCGACUGCGACCCUCGCCCAGCGACAACCUGCCCGUCAAAGACAUUGUGGAGCACCCGGAUCCCGAGUACGACCCCAAGGAGCAUGACUUGGACGAGAGGACUCUGCGGAAGAAGCUGGGCAGCCAUUUCGACCCCGGCUUCAUGGCCGUGGCCGUGCCGGGACCGGCCAACGCGUCGGGCGCCGAGGCGGCGGCGGGGCGGGCGCGGGCGGCGCUGCCGGCAGAGCUGCGGCGGCUGGAGCUGGGCCCGCCCCAGGGACCGCGGCUCAGGGUGGGCAAGAAGGCGCGGCGGAAGGUGCUGCAGUGGCUCUGGGCGUACACCUACUGCCCCGUCCUCUACACAUGGAAGGACCUGGGCGUCCGGUUCUGGCCCCGCUACAUCAAGGAGGGCAACUGCUUCGCCGAGAAGUCCUGCUCGCUGCCAGAGGGCAUGUUUUGCAAGCCCGUCAAGUCGGUCACCAAGACCUUCCUGCGCUGGCAUUGCCAGGGCUGGUCCAGCCAGAAGUACUGCACUUGGAUCCCGGUGCAGUACCCGCUCAUCUCCGAGUGCAAGUGCUCCUGCUAACCCCCUCUGGCCUCGCCCCACCGCCUGGCAUCGCCCGCAUGAUUUUGGGAAAGGGGCUGUGAGUGUUUUCACACUGCCCAGCGCUGGGUGUUGGGGCGAGGAACCGGCUUGUAUGGUUUUCUUUCUUUUGUUUUUCUGGACUUAUUUUAAUGUUAUUUGAAAGGGGAAAAGCGAACCCAGGAACUGCAGGGCAGGCCAAAGGCACAGUAAAGCACUACAAUCAGAUGUCUAUUUUUAUACGUAUAUAGCCUUCUAACAAAAGGAAAAUAAAAAAAAAAAAUUACCAGCCGUGUAAAUAGAGAGAUUUUAAAGGAAAGGGAGGAAAUCGCAGUUGUUGGGGUUUUUUAUUAUUAUUAUAAUUAUUGUUAUUAUUAUUAUUUUAAAGACAUAGGACCACAUUUUAAACCCAUCCCCACAGAACCUGAGCACUUCUGUGCUGUAGGGAAGGGGAAAGAUUUCCCAUGAAGAUGAUUUUAUCAAAAGGAGAAAGGGAGAGAAGGGGGGGUAAAAGAAAGCAAAGCAGGAACGGCAGCAGCCCCCAAGAUGGUUGUUUCUCUGUGCUGUAUUUUGUCUUCUUCAGACCUUGUCACUGAUGUUUGAACUAAUUUGCCACGCUCUCUAGGGUUGGUUUUUAAAGUGUAUAACAAUUCAGGAGUAAAUUUUAAAGAAAAGUACAAAUCUAUGAAAGAGUGGAAUCGUUUUGUUGUGUGGGAAUGCAUAUAGUCAUGUAGAGACGUUAAAGGAAAUUUUCUGUGUACAGUUUAUUUAUUUUUAACGUUUGUGUAUAGGAAAAAAAACCCCAAAC